AUGGCAGCGCGCUGUACUCCUCAGCUCCCGGCCAGCCGCAGGUCUCAGCCGGCCUACCGAGAACAAAGACGACAAAAAGUUGAAGAAUAUCUGUUAAGAAAGAAGACCUUUUCUGGCAUACCCAUCCAGGCCAGCCAGCCAUCAGUCAGCAGCAGCAGAGCUAGAAGGGCAGCUGGCAAUAAGCUCCAAGACACAAUCCUGCUCUCAACAUCUUCAAAGCCAGAAAUGGAAAACAAAGAGAAUGCUGAUAAACUGUCAUGGGACCAGUCAAGUGGAACCUCUGAAGAAAAUGUGGUCAUAGACUCUUCCACAAUGCCACUGACAAGUGCCUCAUCAGGCACCAACUGCAAGCCUGAAGAACGUGCUUCCAAGGAUGAGGUCAUUAAAAUCAAGUCUCAGCAUGUGUCACUUAGCAAGACCUUCUUGCAAAUGAAAAGCAUGAAAGAGAAACAAUUGAUUGCUGAAAAGCAAAGUUCAAAUGCCAGCCUACCAAAGAAGUCGGUGCCUGGCACGUAUCGUGGCAAAAUCAUCCAAUCCAAGAUCAACUCCUUCCGCAGAGCGCCAAAAACUGAGGGGGGAAAUAGUUCUUUGCCAGACAAGAAGCUGCUUCCUUCUGCCACUACCAAACCAGCGGUAAGUUCUUUGCCCACAAGCAGCUGCCCUGUAGUUCUGAAAGCUAUCCAAGUUAAAAACUACUCCAGUUCUGUAAAGCCAAAUGGUGUUCUCUCGUUCCAGAGCAAACCAUCUGACAGAGCUGCCAUUGGCUCCCAGUCUGGCCUGAAGAAAUGGCAACCAACAUGUGCUGUAGCCCCCAAAAAAGUAACAGCCCAAAAAAUGAUGGGUGGCAAGCAGCCACCAAAGGCUGCUUCUAACAGCUCUGAUCACAGAGCACUAGGAGUGAAGAGACAAGCAAAUUGUUCUGAAGAUGCAAGACCAGGAGUUCCAGCAAGACCCAUUUCUGUUGCUGCUGAUACAAAGCCAGGUCAGCACUCUAAAACUAAUGGCAACAGGAAAUCUCAUCUGCCAACACAAGACAGAAGAGCUUGCCUGGAUGAAUGGAGAGCAUCUAGAGGAAGAGUGAUGAAGAGACCUCCUAUAGCUGUGGUUCAGGGACCCCAGCCUAAAAGGGAAGAAAAUGAAUUAUCUUCUGAUGAUUCUUUAGAGGAUGUAUUACACAGUGAAAAAGUCAACAAGACUCUCACAGUAUGUCUGCAGUUAGCUGAACAGGGAUGUCAAGGUGAUGAAAUACGUGCCAUGCUGGAAGAGCUGACUCAGAACAGUCCUGGCACUAAGAAGCUUGCAAAAUAUUGGAUCUGCUGCAUGCAUCUGGAGCGGACAGGUCCUCUUGAGAAGCUUAUUACUGUGUAUGAGGAGGCCAUUCUGGCAGGAGCCAUGCCUAAGGAUGAGCUACGAUCUGCACUAAUAGAGACUCUGAAGAGCACUGAAAGCCUUGUCAAGUCUCAGGACGAGGGAACUGCCACAGAAGCUCAAGAAGUAGUGGAAGUCAAAGAACCAAAUUCAUCUGUAGAGCAGGUUCAGGAAGCCUUCAAGGAUCUCUGCUACGAUGAUGACAACCAAAAAUCAGAGAGUGAUGACAAGAAGGCAGAAAGUGGAAAUGAAGUGAUCAAGAAAGAAGGAAUGGAUUUGGAGUUGAAACCAAGUGAGAAGUCUUUGCCAAAAAAGAAUAAAAGGCACAGGACUAAAGAACGUGGGAAGAAGAAAGUGAAGUAUGAGGCAGAAGAGCAGAAAGAUGAUGAGGUAAAAGACACAGCCCAGGCAUCUAAUUCUCCUGAGAAGGAGAACACCACAUCUUUGACACGCAAUCCAUCUGCCACACCACACUUGGAAAGUGUGAAGGUGCAAGAUGAAGCCAAUGACUCCUGUGACACAGACCUGAUCAUUUUAACCCCCUUGCGGUGCUCUCAGCGCAUUCGAGAGAGGCUGCGCAAGGUGACGGACACUGUCAAAGAGCAAGAUCUGGGAGAACUGGAAGCCACUGCAUUCAUCCAUAGUCAGAGCAAUGCACUGCAGGAAACAAGUGCUGAAGUGGAAGAGUAAAAAGCACAGGAGUUAAA